AUGGUGCUAUUCAGACUUAAGCAAAGAGAAAGGGAAGAUCUGCGCGAAUACGUGAAGCGUUUCUCCGCAGAGAAGUUAGAAAUCCCUGUGACGCCUCCCGAAAUCCUCGUCAGCGCUUUUAUCCAGGGAUUGCAAGAUGGAGAUUUCUUCCGAUCAUUAGCCAAAAGAAACGCCUCGACCUUCGCAGAAUUGUUGGAACGCGCAGAAAAAUACAUCAAUUUGGAAGAAUGUCGCAAGAUGAAAGAUGGAGAACGUACUAGAGACAUGGGAAGCGGCGACAAACGCAUUGCACGGGCUCCACACAGAGGCAACGAACAAUUUCGAAAUAAUGUUCGUUCAUUAAUGGAAAUACAAGAAGAACAGCCGGAGACACGUUACUCCCCUAGUGCGAGAAGGAGCAACCAGUUCCUUGCAUCAGGAGGACCCAGAUUCAAGAUAGGAGAUCCCCGUUUCGACAGGUAUGCGGAGCUCGCUUUACCCAAAUCUGUUAUUCUCGAGCGUAUAGGCAAACACCCCAAACUACGAUGGCCAAGGGGGCAUAGCGAACCACCAAGGGGAACAGCAGUCGCGAGCGGAUAUUGUCACUUCCAUAAUGAUUAUGGUCAUGAUACCAAUGAGUGCUUCACCUUGCGAGACGAAUUAGAAAGGUUGGUGCGAUUAGGAGCCCUGUCGGAAUAUGUCAUGGAAGAAAGUUCUAAAGGAAGAGGGGAUAGCGAGAAAAGGCGAAGAGAUGGAGAAGAUGAGGCAGAACCUAUAACAAAAAGAGGGUUCAUCAGUAUGAUCAUUGGCGGCCCGACAGACGGAGAUUCAAACCGAGCGCGACGUUAUCGUCUUCAAACCAUCAAGAAAGCCGAAAUCAACCAAAUUAGCGUCAAGGCUGAAGCUCACCCCAUUAUUUACUUCGGGCCUCACGAUUGCUGCGCCCUAGACACACCGCAUGCAGAUGCACUAGUAAUAACCUCUAACGUUGCUGGUUAUGAUGUCUCGAGGGUCUUCGUGGAUAAUGGCAGCUCGGUGAAAGUUCUAUUUUAUGAUUGCUUACAGCGCAUGGACCUCGAGGUGGACGUCGUACCAGUAUCCACAAUGUUAUAUGGUUUCAAUGGAGGAUCAGUUCGUCCGUUGGGCCAAGUGAAACUUACGGUGUCUCUAGGAACGAACCCGCUCGUGAAAAUCAAAGCGGUUAAUUUUAUGGUAGUAGAUGCGCCAGAAUCCUCGUAUAAUAUGAUCAUCGGGAGGCCCUUGAUUAAUACCUUCCGGGCGAUACCCUCAACAUACCACAUGAAGAUGAAAUUCCCGGUAGGGAAUGAAGUCGGAGAGGUCAUUGGAGACCAAACGAGUUCGCGAUCAUGUUACGUGGAAUCAGUUCGUCAAGGGGAAAAGAACAAAAGGGGCAGAGAAUCGCAAGGCGGAACCAUAGAUGGAAAGAAAGUACGAACCAACACAGCGGAGGCAACGCCGACCCACACUAGCACCAGCGAAGAACUUAUAGAGGUCGAAGUGAUACCCGAUCGCCCAGAAUGCAUCACGCGAAUAGGGUCUAGUCUGGAUGGAGAAAUGAAGGAGCAGCUGAUUGGUUUGUUGCGAGAUAAUUCGGACGUAUUCGCAUGGAAGUCGGAAGAUCUCACUGGAAUAGACCCAAGCAUCAUGGUCCAUAAGCUGCACAUUAACACGAAGGUUCGACCAGUGAAACAAAAGAAGAGGCAUUUCGGAGCCAUCAAAGAUGCUAUCAUCAAAGAGGAGGUGGACAAACUCCUGCAAAUCGGACACAUACGCGAAAUCCAAUUCUCUGAAUGGCUUUCAAACGCUGUUCUAGUAGCCAAGCCAGGCGGUAAAUGGCGUAUGUGCAUAGAUUUUCGGGACCUCAACGCCGCAUGCCCUAAAGAUCACUAUCCGCUCCCCAGGAUAGGUCAGCUGGUAGAUGCUACAGCAGGAUGCGAAUUAUUGACCAUGAUGGAUGCAUCGCAAGGAUAUUACCAAGUCAGACUAGACGUCAUAGACCAACCUAGGGUUAUGCCAUUUGGUUUAAAAAAUGCGGGUGCGACAUACCAAAGGCUAGUAGACAAGGUGUUUGCUAAGCAAUUAGGGCGAAAUCUAGAGGUGUAUGUAGAUGACAUGCUGGUAAAAAGUCGCAAAGCCACGUCACACCUAGAUGACCUCGCAGAAACCUUCUUAACACUGCGGAGAUAUGGCAUGAAGCUGAAUCCUGCUAAAUGCUCUUUCGGAGUCUGCACCGGAAAAUUCUUGGGAUAUAUGGUCACUAAACAGGGCAUAGAAGUUAACCCGGAAAAAGUGAAGGCGAUCACGGCAAUGACUGCCCCAAGGACAAUCAAAGAAGUACAAACGCUGGCGGGGAAAGUCGUAGCACUCAGUCGGUUUGUAUCACGACUCGCCGAACAUAGUUUUCCUAUUUUUCGAGCAUUACGAAAGGGGAAAGAGUUCGCCAGGACGAAGGAAUGCCAAACCUCCUUCGAGAAUCUGAAACAGGUCCUUUCGAAACUCCCUUCGCUAUCUCCCCCAGAAGAAGGAGAAACUCUCUGCAUGUACCUAGCUGCGGGGAGUGAGUCCAUCAGCUCGGUAUUGUUCAGAGAGAAAGAUAAAAGACAGUUGCCCGUGUAUUAUGUAAGUAAAAUCUUACAAGGCGCCGAACUUCGCUAUCCCGAGGUCGAAAAGGUUGGUCUGGCACUCAUCACAACAGCAAGGCGAUUAAGGCCAUACUUUCUAUCCCAUACUAUAAUAGUAAGAACCAGCUAUCCUCUACGACAGACGUUGGGGAACGCCGAAGCAUCUGGGCGCAUGGUCAAAUGGGCCGUGGAAUUAGGCCAGUACAAUAUCGAAUACGAGCCCCGGACCGCAAUAAAGGGGCAGGCGCUGCCAUGGGAAGUAUAUGUGGACGGAUCCUCCACAAAUCAAGGCGCAGGAGCAGGUGUGUUGCUUAUAAAGCCCAACAAAGAAGAGUUCCACUUCGCUAUAAAGUUUAAUGUUAGAGCAUCAAAUAACGAAGCCGAAUACGAGGCCUUGGCGCAAGGACUAGAGAUAGCACAAAAAAUGGGAAUAAAAAAAGCCAAAGUUCACUCCGACUCUCAAUUAGUCGUGCAACAACUAGCGGGGGAAUAUGAGAUCAAAGAAGUACGAAUGGAAGCAUAUGUGAAAGUUAUCAAAACAUAUGUCGAAAGCUUUGAAGAGUGCGAAAUCAUCCAGAUCCCGCGAGAAUCAAACACACAAGCUGAUUUCUUGUCCAAAAUUGGCAGUUCAUCCGUGGACUGCAGCGAGCGGAAUAUAACCAUAUUAUCAGCUAACGGACGCUUCUUAGGAAGUAAUGGUGAAAAACUUGUUGCAAGGGUAGAAGAUCAGGAAGAUUGGCGAACACCAAUCAUUACUUAUCUCAAAGGGAAUACAAUCUCAGACCGCCGCACGCGAGAACGAAUGGAAUACAAGGCCCGGCACUUCUAUUUAAUAGGCGAAACCCUGUUUAAAAGAUUGUAUUCGCAUGUAGAUGCCAGAUGUCUAGGAAGCAGCGAAGAUGAGUAUGUGCUGAAAGAAGUACAUGAAGGAUGGUGCAGCAACCAUGAAGGGGCGAGAACUAUAGUACAAAAGCUAUUGAGGGCGGGAUACUACUGGCCCACAAUUAAGAUGGAAGCCACGCAAUAUGUAAGACGAUGCCCUAAUUGUCAAGCACAUGCCAUCGUAGCACGUCAGCCAGGGGAACCCAUGAAAAUCAUAUCGUCACCGUGCCCUUUCGCGCAAUGGGGGAUAGAUCUGGUGGGCCCCUUUACCAUGGCGAUUCGCAGAAAGAAGUACCUGAUCGUAGCCGUAGACUAUUUUACAAAAUGGGUAGAGGCCGAGGCGUUAUCGCGAAUCACUGAAGAUGAGAUAACGGAAUGGUGCACAGAGAUGAAGGUCGCCCAACGUUUCACAUCUGUGGCACACCCACAGGCAAACGGGCAAGUCGAAGUAAUCAACAGAAUCUUGGUGGACGGUAUAAAGAAACGCAUGGAAAAGGCAGGCGGUAGUUGGGUAGAAGAAUUAGACUCGGUUCUAUGGUCUUACCGGACAUCACCUAAAAGGGCUACCGGAGAGACACCUUUCAGUUUAGUUUAUGGGAUGGAAGCGAUUGUGCCUGCCGAGAUAGGCUUGGAAUCGUUAAGGGUUCGCGAAUACGAUGACAGAGAGAAUGAAGAAAUGAUGCGAGAACACUUAGAUCUUUGCUACGAAAAGAGAGAAGCAGCAGACUUGAAGAUGAGAGAUAGCAAAAAUCGCAUCAAAGUCAGCUACGACCGAAGAGUCAAUCCGAGAAGUUUUCAAGUAGGCGAUCUUGUACUGCGACGAGCCGAUGCACUGAAACCCACGGGCAAGCUAGAGGCUAAUUGGGAAGGUCCCUACACAGUAACGAAGGUCGCAGCGAGUGGCGCCUACGAGCUACAAGAUCGAAAAGGCAAAAAAAAUACCAAGAACAUGGAAUGUAUGCCACCUUAG